AUGCUUGGGACAAACGUGAAAAGUGUGGCUCGUUUCACAUCUGCUAGGACAUUACUUCACGCCACUGAUGGAAACGGUUAUGGAUCGAAGACAUCCCAAGAUGAUGUUGACACACAGCAGCCACAAGCAACCCAGCUGUCCCCUCGCCCGCCGUCUUUAGCAAGUCCGUCUUCGCGUGAUUCUACACAAUCCCAACGCACCAACACAGAAGGAAAAGCCGCUCCCGUCCUCGAGUCGCAGGAAGUAUUGGCAUCUCAGCUCUACCCUGUGAAUCCACGACGCGUGAUCUCUGUUUCAGCUAUUCCCGAGCCUCCUGCGACUAAUAGAAGUUCUCUCUUACAGCUUCUUAAGAUUAGGCGCCCACAGAUUGUUUCGCCCAAAGACCAGCCGCAGCAAGUAACACUUCAUUCCUCUGAUGGAGAUGCAAACGGGUCCUCUGUCCCAGACAUGAGCACAUCCCGAGGAAAUACCGACGGACAAAGUCAGGCUAUUGUGAGGCCAGGCGAAUCAGAAGAUGUUGAAUUAUCUUCGCGGGGACAAGCACCCACAGCGACCUCGCCACGACUGCUGAUAGACGCUGUUGAAAACCCGAACACACUUUUAAGCCAGCAGCCGGAUCAGUUAAAUUCACCGUCACAAGGAGAAGUCACGAGCUUUCAAAAAGCUCGCACGUCACCUAGACUUAGCACUUCCCCUAUAGUAGAGACGACCGCGAGUUCAACUGACAACGCUAGGACCGAUGUCAAUGUUGAAAACUCUCGAUCGGCGGAGAUAACUGAAACGAAAACCAACUCUGACCGAAAUAUAUGGAAUAAUAUAGCCAAGCUUGGUCGGAGAGAUGUGGCUAUUCCGAAGGACCAAGAAGAACUUCUUGAUCGACAUGACUGCUGGAUUCCUGCAGAUGUUGGUGAACCUACUCCACAGGGCCAUGUACCAACGACCUUACUUCAGGAAUGGAAUGCAAAGAUGAUUAGACUGUUUCGUGAGAAAAGGAAAAAUAUGUCGAGUAAAAAAGUUGAUUCAUCUCCAGAAAAAGAGGGAGAGGAAGAGGGCGUGCCAUCUUCUUCGGGAAUAGGACAUCUUUCAGAAAAUGACAGUGACUCGGGUUCAGAAACUUCGGAUUGGUCUAUAAGUCCUACUAGACACAUACAGCGACCUCGGGCACCCUCCGAUAGUCCGAUCAGACAGCAAAGUAUCCCAAAGCCAGCCCAGUCUCCGAAACAGACUGCUAACAAGACCACCGAUGCUGUCGAUGGCAUUGCCAAACAAGAAAAGUCUCAUAUAUCCCUACCUACGUCUCCACCAUCUCCUACCAUCCAUCCAAGUGACCCUAUGCAAGAAACGAACGAGCCUAAAGGCGACCAGGGCCAGGCCUCGACUCUGUCUUCUGCUUCUGAUUCUAUCGCUGAUCCUCCAUCAAAUGACGCAAGACCAGAAAGCGAAGCUGCCGAAUCCAGUGACGAAUCUGACAUGGAGACCUCCAUUCCUCAAGCAUUAUUAACAAGCUCCCAAAGCAUUGCGAACCAAGUACGGAGUUCAGAAUCCGUAGCUCCAGUCUCAUCAAAUACAAGCUCGGCUCCCCUUGACAGAGUGCAAAUACUCGACACUCUACCCGCUGUUUUGAAGCGCACAACUAGCGAAAAUGCAGCGAAAGUAUGCAACCUUCCACCAACCUUUAUAGCCCAGCGGAGCUCCCCUGGGGGCGAUAAAUCAUCCUCGCAAGUGAUUGCCAAUUCCGUCAAUAGCACAGGCAACACAUCAGCUCAGGAACAUGGAAUGGACUAUAAUCAGAAGUCUCUUGUUGCGGAUUCGCAGCGUACAAAUAGUGACCUACACGACUGUAGCCUUCCGUCUCAUCAAGAUAGUCAGCGGCUACUAGAAUUCGUUCCAGAAAGCUCGCUUAUUUCAACAGACCUACAUACACAGGUCUACAUACGUGAUGAUCAGCCAGUCAGGGAACGGACAGGUAGCAGUUCAAAAACUCCCAUGACUGCUGAUGUUGGAGGCAAGCUUAAAAGAAAGGCUGAGGAUGUCCAAUCAAUCGACACAAGCCCUUCGAAAAGGCCUAGGAAUGUCGCCAAUGCGAACAUCAACACUUCUAGUAUACAACUUACGAUUUACCCCGAGCCCGAAAAUGUCCAUGAAGACAGACACAAGCAUAUAUUUUCUCUUACCCCGGACGGCCCCUUGAAAAUCUUCGAGAUGUUUAAAAAGUCGUAUGCUAAAUAUGCGGGCGAUUUCGAUCAUUUUGUCAACAUGUGCCGCAGGUUGCAAUCAUUGCGCAGUCGUGGGAUAUUACGGAGAUGCUUUUUGUGGGAUGAAUUCGUCAUGAGACAUUUGCUGGAUUACAGGAAUUACGUUCAGGCGCGCAUUUAUGCUAAGAAACACUGGGAUAACUACGAGGAGUACUUCUGCAAUACAUUCACUCAGCCAUCUUUCAAACAGCGCAGCCUCACACCUCGAACGCUCGAUAUAGUCGCCUCUAAGCGUGAUGACUCUGUUCCUGCUGACUGGGGGACACAAACCAUCAUAGAUAACUUGAUGGAUUCUUCUGUCACCCAUCAAUCACCAUCGUUCGCGGUAGACCUAGGGAAUAAAGCCACAUUGGGAACCCAAAUCCCUCACUCUUCUACUUUUGAUGUCAUUCCAAUUGCCGAUAAAUCAACCCAAGCAGACCUCGGCUUCAGCUUAAACACACCGGCUGUUCCUACCACUAACCGCCCAUGCAUGAUUGAUAGUGGUACCCAGAUCAUCGAGGAAUCCCAAGCCACCACCGUCGAUGAUGACGACAUGUCCGAAAGUGAAAUCGAUGAAGACUCUGCCGAUAGCGAGCAUCAUGAGACAGCCAGCAUAGAACUUGGAAUUGGCUCACCCGAAGAAGAAGAAGACGACGACGAUUAUGAUUAUGAUUAUGAUGACGAUUUACGCGCCAAUCUCAUAUCAAGAAUCCGACGAGAAAACCAACAAUCCGUCCAAGCAAUCUUCAACACAGCGAUUCCGGGGCCCGCGGAAAAUUCCAAUUAUCUUGACGAUAGCACCCCAUUUAUGAAAUGGGUUGAAAAUAAUGAAAAUUUUUCAUUAAAACAACGUGGAGGAGCUUUACGGAGAGUUUCCAGCGAUAGAGAUGGUGACAUCUUGACGAAGGAGUGCACGCGUACUAAAUCCAAUCAGAAAGAGAAAGAAAAAGAAGAAAGGGCUCCGAACAACAAGCAUAUUUUCAAUGCAUUCAGAAAAUCUUCCUCCAGAGAGUGA